AGGGGCGGCGCGUAACGACUCCCCUUCCUCUGCCUCUUUGGGGCAAGCGAAUCGCGCGCGGGCUUCUGCCGCUGUUGUCGUCAUGAGUCGCUUCAAGUUCAUUGAUAUUGGUGUUAACUUAACCGAUCCUAUGUUCAGAGGUAUAUACAGAGGCACCCAAAAACAUAAAGAUGAUUUCUUGGAUGUAAUAGACAGAGCAAUCAAAAUUGGGGUUCAAAAGCUCAUCAUCACAGGUGGAAAUUUACAAGAUAGUAAAGAUGCCCUGCAGCUGGCCCAAACGAAUGAAAUGUUUUACAGUACCGUUGGCUGCCAUCCCACUCGCUGUGGAGCAUUCGAUCAGGGUAAUCCCGACCAGUACUUAGAGGAAUUGCAAGAUUUAGCUGAGAAGAACAAAGGGAAGGUGGUCGCAAUUGGGGAGUGUGGCCUGGACUUCGACAGAUUAGAAUUCUGCCCCAAAGACAUCCAACUCAAGUAUUUUGAAAAACAGUUUGAGCUAUCUGAGCAAGCCAAAUUGCCAAUGUUUUUGCACUGUAGGAAUUCGCACCCAGAAUUCCUAGAUAUAAUGAGACGAAAUAGAGAGAGAUGUACCGGAGGAGUGGUUCACUCUUUUGAUGGCACCAAAGAAGAAGCGGCAGCUCUAAUAGAUCUGGAUCUUUAUAUAGGGAUUAAUGGUUGCUCUCUGAAAACCGAAGCCAACCUAGAAACGGUGAAGUCAAUUCCCAGCGAAAGGUUAAUGAUAGAGACAGAUGCUCCUUGGUGUGGAGUGAAAAACACCCACGCAGGCUCAAAAUUUGUAAAAACCACAUUUCCAACCAAAAAGAAAUGGGAAGCGGGACACUGCCUAAAAGACAGAAAUGAACUUUGCCAUAUAAUCCAGAUACUGGAAAUACUAGCAACAGUUCGUGAAGAGGAGCCAUUAGAACUGGCCAAUAUUAUGUAUAACAACACUAUUAAAACUUUCUUUCCAGAUAUGUAAAUCCAGUUAAUUCUGUUCAUAAAAUAAAAUAAUCUAAGUCUA